AUGGAGCACACAAUGCCAGUCUCCGACCCCCCUCUUUCUGCCUGUCCAGAACCUAUCGCCAUCGUAGGAAUGGGCUGUCGAUGGCCUGGAGGAGUUGAAAAUUCUUCACAACUGUGGGAUUUACUGAAAGAGAAGCGAGACGGGUGGUCCGAAUUCUCCAAGGACCGCAUCAAUGUCGACGGCUUCUACCACCCCCACGGUCAAAGACCGGGAAGCAUGUAUACUAGGGGUGGCCAUUUGCUUCAAGGAGAUAGUCGAGACUUUGACCAUAGCUUUUUUGGUAUUACAACCACGGAGGCAAUGGCCAUGGACCCCAGCCAGCGAAAGCUGCUGGAAGUUACUUACGAGGCCGUCGAGAACGCUGGCGAGCCCCUUGAGAAAUUCUUCGGGUCAAGAACGGGUGUCUUUGUGGGAAACUUCAAUAACGAACACCAAAUUAUGCAGUAUCGAGACCCAGAUCAUACACUACCCUAUGCUGUGACCGGAGGUGGUCCUACGAUCUUGAGUAAUCGCAUUAAUUAUGUUUUCAACCUUUCGGGGCCGAGCUUGGUCGUCGAUACUGCCUGUUCUGCAUCAAUGUACGCUUUGCAUUUGGCCGUGAUGGCUCUUCGAGGUGGGGACUGCGACGCAGCUGUUGUUGCCGGUGCGAACGUCAUCCUUGGCCCUGACAAUCAGCUAUUUACAACAAAAUUGGGUGCUGUCUCUCCAACAUCUCGCUGCCAUACUUUCGAUGCCUCGGCAGAUGGAUACUCUCGAGCAGAAGGCUUUGGUGCAAUUUAUUUGAAAAGGCUAUCAGACGCCAUUGCGUCAGAAGAUCCAAUCCGCGCUGUUGUGCGUGGUACAUCGUUCAAUGCCAACGGCAAAACAGGUGGUAUCUCACAUCCGAGUGCUGAGGGGCAGGAAGCCGUCAUCAGACAAGCUUACAAGGCCGCUGGGGGAUUGCACCCUGAUCUAACAGGGUACGCUGAGUGCCAUGGAACGGGAACACCAGUUGGUGAUCCCAUUGAAGUUUCAGCCAUCGGGAGAGUUUUCUCCCCAGGGCGCAAAGAUAAUCCCUUGUUGAUUGGAUCGAUCAAGCCAAACCUUGGGCAUAGCGAAGCUGCUAGUGCUAUGUCACAGAUCAUGAAGGCGGUCUUAGCAAUGGAACACGGAGAGAUACCUCCUACCAUUCACAUUAAGAAUUUCAACCCUGCGAUAGACUUCGAAACAGCCAGGGCUAAGGUUGUAACUGAAAUGACUCCGUGGCCCACUAACCGGCUCCGAAGAGUCAGUAUCAAUAGUUUUGGAUACGGCGGAGCAAAUGCCCACUGCAUUUUAGAUCAUCCCAGCGUAGUCAUUCCUGGAUAUGAACUACGAGGUCUCCCAUAUGCAUACGAGAAGAUGUCAAUUAGCUCACCACUGAGAACUGUUCAAUCCAAUGGUGAAAAAAAUGGCAAUGGCCACUGGAAUAGACAUAACAACGGUCGCCUAAACAAUCAUUCAAAUGGUUGCGCUAAUGGUCACCCCAAUGGCCACGCAAAUGGUCACUCGAAUAGUCACGCAGAGCAUAACGGCCAUGAUACCUAUAACGGGCGCUUACCGUCUUUCACAUGGUGUCAGCCUGCAAAAAUUCGUCAAAUCGAACAAGCAGGGGCUCGGAAAUUCAUCUUAUUGACGAUGUCUGCACACGACGAGGCUGCACUUAAGAUGAAACUAUCAGCGGUACCUGAGUUGUUGAAGCAGUAUUAUAUUGCAGAUCUACUUUACACACUUGCGUGUCGCAAAUCGAGCUUCUCUCGCCGUGCAUUUGCUAUUGCUGAUUCUCAAACAGUUCUUGAUGAACUUGACUCCAAUUUGGUGAGAACCGGAAAAGCACCAAGUUCCCCACCACAGCGGAUUGGGUUCGUCUUCACCGGACAGGGUGCUCAAUGGCCGGAAAUGGGUGCAAAAUUGUUAAACGAAUUUUCUGUUUUCCGAAGCGCAAUCCAGUACCUUGACCUGGUGCUCAGCAAGUUGCAGCGGAGACCGAGCUGGAGCAUUGAGGGAGCUCUUCUAGAGCCGACAGCCUCCAGUCGCAUUCAUGAACCGGCAUUCUCGCAGACCGUCUGUACUGCCGUACAAAUAGCGCUGGUAUCUUUGUUGAAACAAUGGGAUGUUCAUCCAGCAGCCACUGUGGGACAUUCCUCUGGUGAAAUGGCUGCUGCAUAUGCUGCCGGGCGUCUAAAGGCGAGUGAGGCCAUUGUUCUGGCGUACUUCCGCGGUCAAGUAGUGUCCUGCAAUCAACGAAAAGGACUUAUGAUGGCCGUCGGUCUUGGCCUAGCCGAAGUUGUGUCCUUCAUGGAAGGAUUUGAAAGUGGUGUCAAAAUUGCCGCUAUCAAUUCUCCUGAAAGUGUAACACUCUCUGGAGAACCAGAACAAAUCCAGCAAUUGAACAGAAAGCUGGAAGACAAGCGCAUUUUCGCUCGUGUAUUGAAGACCGGGAACAACGCAUACCACUCUCAUCACAUGGCGGCACUUGGGCCGUCAUAUGAAGAGCUAGUCACUCAAGGACUAAAAGAAGUCAGCUUAAUCAUAGAGAAUGAGCCAUCAAAUCCUGUUGUGAGAUGGGUCUCUUCGGUGACAAUGAAGGAAGUGGAAGGAUCGGUUCUUCCUAGUUACUGGCGACGUAAUCUCGAGUCCCCCGUGCUGUUCUCGUCCGCGGUCGAGAAGCUUGCAGAGACAAACCCAAUGGACCUUUUAAUUGAAGUUGGGCCACAUCCAGCAUUGAGUGGCCCGUUGAAACAAAUCCGCUCCCGCCUGGAAAGUGUUGGAUCUUCUCUUCCGCCAUGUCUGGCAACCCUUCAACGAGGCGAGAACGAUGUGAUCAGCAUGUUAAUGCUUGCAGGUAACCUUUUCAUCAACAACGUCGCAAUUGACAUAGUGGCCGUGAAUGCUACCGAGACCAUGGUAGAUGGCGGUUUAACUCUGUCUCAUGGCUUCCCUUGUAUCGACAUGCCCCCAUACAAGUACACAUAUCCCGAAACUCCGAUUCACUUCGAAAAUCGCUUCAAUAAGGAGUAUCGGACUAGGAAGCAUCCCCGCCACGAUAUUCUCGGAACCCGAGUCCCUGGAGGCUCAAGAACACAUCCACAAUGGAGGAAUGUACUCCGCCUGAAAGAUCUCCCUUGGCUUGAAGACCAUAAGCUCCUUCCACAUGCUGUUCUCCCUGGAGCAGCAUACAUAACAAUGGCCAUCGAAGCAGUCAGUCAGCUGCAUUAUGAAGCGGAAGACGCCGCCCCAAUCAAGUGCUUUAAGCUUCGUCAAGUCGCAAUCAAUUCUGCCCUCCGUGUAGAAGACACUGAGAUCGGUGUAGAGACCGUGCUCGACAUGGAAAGACUACCGUUGACAAACACAGCUGCCAUGUCGCGGUGGUACAAAUUUAGUGUUGGUUCGAUAAUACCUGAUACCGAUUCAUGGACCCAGCAUUGUACUGGCUUGAUAUCCGUGUCCACCACGGAGGCCUCAAUUGAUGAAGGCCAGAGAUUAUUGGCAGACCCUCGUUCGAGGUCCCUCGAUAUUGCGCGUUGGCAUCGGAGUUUCUACGCAGCCGGUCUUGAGUAUGGCCCAGCAUUUCAAGGUUUGUCAAACCUCAGAGCGUUUCGUGGUUCCAACCUUGCCAGUGCCAAUGUAGCCCUCAAGCCCACUGCCGACUUUGCCAAUGAAUCGAAGUACACAAUUCAUCCUGCAACUCUAGACAUGUGUAUCCAACUGGCUCUGAUAGCUUGCCACGCGGGUCAAGUUGAGAACUUUAAGAAUGCAUUCGUCCCGAUUUUUGCGGACGAUGUUUCAAUCUGGGUGCCUGAAUCUGAGUCUGACGACAAAGCUCUAGGUGUGGCAAGCGGACGGAUACUUGGUCUGCGAAGCAUGUAUGCACGGUCUCAGCUCUACAGCUCGUCUGGGGCUCCGCUAUUAGAUAUGGGGGAGCUAAAAUGCGUAUCGUAUGAUGGAGAAUCGGACGCCAGCAAUUCAAACGUUGCACGUGAACCAUACUGGCGGCCCGUCGCAAGAGUCGAUAUUGAUACUUUGAUGCCAGUAGCUGCGACAGCCAUGUUCCCACCGAAGGAAGUUCCGCCAUCAUCUAUUACUGCAUUGGAGAGCCUAUCUGCUCAUAUACUCGCAAGCAUUGGAGAAAAAUUGCAAACUAAUAUAAUCUCUGACAGAUCUCAGAAUCAUAAUAGUUUCGCCAACUGGGUUAAAUCUUGGAUAAGCUCUGCUAAUGGAGAAGAUGUUCAGAAACUCGGUAAAGCAGAGAGAUUGGCCAUGAUUGAAAGACUGGCAGAGAACUUGAUUUAUAUUCCUGAGGCAAAAUGUCUCAAGGCACUGCACGAUAACUCAAGCAAAGUUCUUGGAGGAAUUACCAACAGCAUGAAAGUGCUUCUGGAAAACAAUCUCCUGGUAGAAUUGUUCGCAUCAGGGAUUGCUGUAAGCGGGGCGUACUCACAGCUUCAAAAUAUUGUAGACCUUCUAGGUCACAAAAACCCCCAAUUGCGGAUAUUGGAGGUCGGUGCUGGUACGGCGGGAGCAACAACUGCUGUUCUGGACACCCUGAUAUCGAACUCAGCGCUAAAGAGAGUUCAAGAAUACGUUUUCACAGACUUUGCUGGCUGGUCUAUUACAGAAGCGCAGUCGAGAUUGAUCGGCCAUGAUGAAGUAGUGUUCAAGACACUUGACAUUCUUCAGGAUCCAGUUUCACAAGGUUUCGAACUUCAUGAUUUUGAUCUAAUCAUCGCUGCCGACUGUAUAAGCAAGCUUGACAGCGCUGAAACAGCAUUGAGGAACAUACACUCUUUGCUGAAACACUCGGGAUCCCUUGUAUUGCUUGAAGCUACUCGCUCGACAUUGACUUCUGAGAUAUUUUCCCGCACAUUGACGGGCAAAUGGGACCAAGAGCAGGUCAUUAUGAAGGCUGAUAAAUGGGAUGAUAUCCUCAGACGGUGUGGGUUCUCAGGAGUCAAUAUUUCUCUUCAAGACUAUGUUGGAGACCAACAGAUGACCACCGUUAUGCUUUCCAAAGCUCUCGAGAUCAAGGCCGACACUCACUCAAAGGAACUAAAUCCAUCUGAUGUUUACCUAGUCUAUCGAGAUUCACUGCCACUGCUCGCUGAGUCCAUUGUGAAAAUUCUAGCAGAGCAAGGUAUCAACACCAUUCUAACCGACCUGUUCUCUGGACAUGAAAUACCACCGAGCUCUUCAGUCAUCAGUCUUAUAGAUAUUAACGGCGCCAUCCUCACAUGCCGUGAUGAUGCCUAUUUCAAGGCCCUACAAGCUAUCAUCCCGCAAGUUUCGUCCAUGGUGUGGGUCGCAGCUGAUUUGACUACUCCUUCAGAAUCAUCAAUCAUGAAAGGCAUGCUAAGGUCCAUCUCUGCUGAAAAUGUAUUGUCGAAAUAUGCCUUCAUUGAGUUGGAUCACAGCUAUUACACGCCACAGACAAGGACUGCCGAACUUAUUGUCCAGAAACUGAACGAGCUGCAGACCUCUAAACCUUCUGACGUUGUUGAUCUUGAGUGUAUGCUCCAAGCAGGAGUUUUCUACGUAGAACGACUACUGCCUGAGAAGACUUUCAAUGAACAGUUCAGAUUGCGUCACGGGCCCCAAGACCAUGUCCAAGAACGGCAUCUAGAUACUCAGGGGCCGAUAAUGGCACGAUAUCGACAGCCGGGGGUGCUUUCGUCUCUAUAUUUCAGUAGCGACCAAGACUUUGAUAAACCGCUUGACAAUGACUGGAUUGAGAUCAAGACAGACGCCAUUGGGCUCAACAUGAAGGAUCUCGCGGUUGCCACUGCAAGGUUUGAUCUGGACAAAUUGAGUACCGAGGGAGCUGGUGUAGUCACAGCUUUAGGUCCAAAGGUGACAUCCGUCAAACUAGGCGACCGAGUCUUCGGGAUUAUCCCCGGGAACAUGGGCAACCGACUAAGGUCACCAGCUUCUCUGGUUUCGAAAAUUCCAGAUGGAAUGUCCAGUGACGGUGCUGCAUCGAUGCCAGUGGUGUAUCUCACAUCUAUCUACGCUCUGAAGCACCUCGCUCGUUUGGAACGGGGCGAAUCCGUUCUAAUUCAGUCCGCAACAGGUGGUCUCGGUAUGGCAGCCAUUCAAAUAGCUCAGUCUCUAGGUGCAGAAAUAUAUGCAACAGUGGGCACCGACGAUAAGGUUAGGGUACUUGUUGAGGAGUUUGGCAUCCCAGCCCAUCGCAUCUUUAACUCUCGACGGCUGAGUUCUAUUGAUAAGGUCAUGAAGGCCACCAGCCAGAGAGGUAUUGAUGUGAUUCUGAGCAGCGCUGGCGGAGAUUCAAUGCACGAAAUGUGGCGAUGCAUUGCGCCUUUGGGUCGCUUUAUUGAUGUUGGCAGAACAGAUGUCCUCGGUGGAGGCAGGCUGGGACUUGAAGUUUUCAAGAGAAAUGCCACCUUUUCGUCAUUUGACAUGGGCCUGAUCUAUCGGCAAGAUCCUGGCCUGGUUUCCAAGUUGAUGACGGAGAUGAUCAAGUUAAUACAUGAAGGAGUAAUUGGUCCUAUCAAACACCUGACCACAUUUUGCAUCUCUCAACUUGACUCUGCUUUGAGCACCUUUUCCAAGGGAUUGCAUAUUGGAAAGUUUGUUAUCAGCUUUAAUAACCCAGCGGCGACACUCAAGAUUGCACGGCCAGCACUUAGGGUUACAUUUGAUCCGAAUGCUGCAUAUCUCUUAGUUGGCUGUCUGGGUGGACUCGGCCGUAGUCUGGCUACCUGGAUGGUCGAACGAGGAGCUCGCCACCUGGUAUUCCUCUCUCGGUCUGGUGCCAACAACCCUGAAGUUGUCUCGUUUGUAGAACAGCUAGUCGCCGCGGGCGCCAAUCCAGAGAUAAUUCGCUGCGACGUAUGUGAUAAGAACGCUCUUAUUUCCACUGUAGGAAAAACAUCAAAUAUACGCAAAGUGAAAGGUGUGAUACACGCUGCCAUGGUGGAGGGUGACUCCUUUUUCAACAAUGCUACUUGGCCUCAGAUACAGAGCGUCCUUGCACCAAAAGUGAUCGGUACCAUCAAUCUCCAUGAUGCCACUAAGAACCUCCCACUUGAAUUCUUCUUAAUGACAUCUUCCAUUGUGGGGUCUGUGGGCACAGCUAGCCAAGGGGCGUACACAGCUGCAAACGCCUUCCAAGACUCGUUCGCCAAAUACCGCCUCUCGCAGUCUCUACCUGCCACGUCAAUUGGGCUUGGAUUAAUCCUCGAAGUGGGCUCAGUCAGUUCCUCUAUUGGAUUCCAGCAGAUGCUUCAGCGCAAUGCCACCUAUGGUGUGUCGGAAACCGAAUUUCUACAACUACUUGAAGGUGCACUAUGCGAAUCAUACAAGUCCUCGGAACAAUCCCUAUUAUCCAAACUUGACCCUAGUUCUCCAGCUCAAGUAGUCACUGGACUUGAGCCGGCCCGUUUCCUAUCUUAUCUAGAGGGUGAUCGGGUGAACGAUCUUGUAUGGUACAACAACGCCCGAUUCCAAGCAGUCAAGCAAGCCAUAUUAGAUCGAGCUCAGACUCUUGCCUCUGCUAGAAUAGACUCGUCUCAUGGCACUUCCUCGAUUACUACGCAGUUGCAAAACGCAUCGAUGCCUGUUGAGAAGCUCACAAUCGCGCGGGGAGCCAUCACUACGCGGAUCGCAGAGCUUCUUGGCGUAGCAGCUGACGAUAUCGAUUCUGGUGAUUCGAUUUCACGAUACGGUGUGGAUAGUCUGGUGGCAGGGGAGUUGAGGAAUUGGCUGAUCAAGACUUUUAACAUGGAAAUUACAAUGCUUCAAUUGUUAAACAAGAACACGAGGAUCGAGGAUUUGGUUCAAGGGGCUGCUGGUGUGGAUUCCAAGGCUUAG